AUGGUUCUUACAAGGUUAUUCGAUAUCAUACUCAUCCUAGCAAAAAAUUCAUUGACUUUCAGAGGCCAUCGAGAGAAUUUAAGUCAGGAAGAAGAAUACCACGGAAACUUUUUGGCCGUUGUUGAGCUUGUCGCUCGAUAUGAUCACAUUUUGCGGCAAGUUUUGGAUAUGCCCAAAGGAUCUACAACAUACCUAGGUAAGUCCAACAAUACAAAAUGA